AGAAAAAAAAAGUCCGGUGCCGGAAGUCGAAAGUCGAAUGUUGACGAGACAGGAUGUGUCAGUUCUAUUAAGAUUGACCUUCGACAAUCAUUCUCACAACUCUUAAAUCCUCUGUGAGAAAUGCAUGGAUAAAGACUUCAGCUGUGAGACAUCUCAGAAGACAAUGAAGAUAACUUGUGCAGCCUUCAUGCUCCUCAUCCAAACACUACGAUGUUUGGCUUCAGAUGAUUCACCAUUUCAACUCACUAAUACGGCUGGUUUUUGUUUGGUUAAAACAAAUAACAAGUGCGACGACAUACGCUGGACAAGUAGUGAGAGACUUCUGGUUCCAGAAAAGAAGAAGUGCGUGGGUGCCCAGGGGAAAAGUGUGGGAAGUGAAAUAAGCAUCUAUGACUGCGAUGAAAACAGCGACCUCCAAAAGUGGGAAUGCAAGAAUGGAACAGUGCUCGCCCUCAAAGGCCAAGAGCUUUACAUCGAGCUCACUGCAGAUAAUAGAGCAGUUCUCUCCAGAACAAUAGGACCCAAUAACCAACUCACAAUUUCAGGGACAUCCAGCGGUGCUUGUUCAAGAACAUACAGAGAACUUUUUGCCAUUGGUGGGAAUGCAGCUGGAAUGCCAUGCAUGUUUCCCUUCCACUACAAAGACCAGUGGUUUUCAGACUGCACUACGUUUGAAGCAGGAAACAGUCUUUGGUGUGCAGUUGAAACAAAAUUUCAGAGUGAACGCUGGGGCUACUGCCCAGUUACUACCAAAAUAGACUGGACUGUACACCCAACAACGGGAGCCUAUUACCAGUUGAACACACAGGCAGCUCUGACCUGGAACCAGGCUGAAGUCAGCUGCAAACAGCAAGGUGCCACCCUGCUCAGUAUCACCGAUCCUCACGAGCAAGCUUACGUCACAGCACUACUAGGUAGCAGUGGCAGUAAGCUUUGGCUUGGGCUGAUCCUGGAUCCAGAGCAUGGCUGGAAAUGGCACAGUGGAAGGCCUUACCGCUAUCUGAAAUGGGACUCUGGACAUCCACUUCUUGAGCCGGGAAACAUCUGUUCAAUUAUUGACCCUGCUGUGCAGUUCUCCUGGCAAAGUUCACCUUGCAGCAAGAAACUGGGCUACAUCUGCUACAGUAAAGCGGCUGACGCGGUGCCUACACAAGCUAUUGAGCAAGGAUUUUGUUCAAGACCUUGGAUUCCCUACAAUGGCCACUGUUUCCACCUUAACCGUACUCAAAGAAUAUGGACUGAUGCUCAAAGAGAGUGUCGUAGUUUGGGAGGCGACCUUGUAAGCAUCCGCAAUGUGGAGGACCAAAGCUUUCUCAUCUCAUCACUUGAGUACACAUCCACUGAUGAGCUUUGGAUUGGACUGAACGACAGGAAGACAGAGGGGCUGUUUGAAUGGAUCGACCACGCUGAUGUCAGCUUCACUAGCUGGGAAUUUGGAAAACCUGUUGUCUCCACCCAAGUAAAUGACUGUGUUCUCAUCAGGGGAGAGAAAGGGAACUGGGCUGAUCGUGCUUGUGGGGAAAAACAUGGCUCCAUUUGUAUGAAGAUGAGUGCUUUGAAACCGCCUGGAGAUGUCGCAGUGGUGUCGGACGCAGGCUGCAAAAGUCGGUGGAGACGACACGGCUCGUACUGCUACUUUGUAGGGACGCAGGCCAAAACGUUUGAUGAAGCCAAAGCUGACUGCACAAGCUCAGGGUCUUAUUUAGUUGAUGUUUCCAGCGCGUUGGAUAAUGCCUACCUUGUCAGCUUGGUGGGGUUGAGACCAGAGAAACACUUCUGGCUCGGCCUCUCAAACCAGAAGAAAAUUGAUCAGUUUGUGUGGACCAACAAAGACUCAGUGUGGUUUACUCACUGGAACGCUGACAUGCCAGGUCACAUACGGGGCUGCGUUGCCAUGACAACUGGGGUUUUUGCCGGCCUCUGGGAUGUGCUGCCCUGCACCAAAAGAGAGAAAUACAUCUGCAAAUACCUGGCAGAUGGGGCGGCACCAACCUCUGCACCAGAAACUCCUGCCCCUACUGGAACAUGUAAAGAUGGCUGGACUAGACUUGAAUCAAGACCUUAUUGCUUUAAGAUGUUUCCAGAGUCGUCAUCAUCAUCAUCAUCAUCAUCAUCUAGAAGGUCCUGGUUUAAUGCCAGAGAUUACUGCAGGACCAUUGGAGGAGACCUGCUCAGCAUCCACAGUUCUUCAGAGCUAGAAGCGUUGCCUGAACGCUAUGGAAGGCUCUGGAUUGGACUCAGUGCCCCUGACCCUACUAAUGGUUAUGUAUGGAGUGAUGGAUCCCCAUUGCAGUUCCAACACUGGCAGGAUGACGAGCCAAACAAUAAAAACAACGUGGAAUCUUGCGCUGAAAUGUUAAUGCAUCAACGGGAUAGCAGAGGGUCUUGGAACGAUCUGCACUGUGAGACGGCGCUUGGAUGGCUGUGCCAGAUCCGCAUCGGAGUGACUCCAAAGGCGCCUCCAAGACCUCCCGCCCCUGACCACAAUAGGACUAAGGACGGGUGGUUUGAUCGGAAUGGGACUCAGUAUUAUUUUAACAGUAGAUCGAUGGCCAUGGAAGAAGCUCGUCGCUACUGUCAACAGCAGCAUGGGGACUUGGUAUCUAUCGGCAGUGAAGAUGAAGCUGUCUAUUUAUGGAAACAGAUAUCUAAGAAUUAUGGGUCCUACUGGAUAGGCCUGAACGUAGAUCUUGAUAAAACAUAUAGUUGGAUGGAUGGUUCUCCAGUGGUGUUUCAAAGGUGGGAUGAAGAUCAACCUGUUUUCCUGCGUAAUGAUGAGAAUUGUGCCGCCAUGACAAAUUCGAUGGGGUUCUGGCAUGAUUUUAAUUGUGGGUAUGAGCAUAAGUCCAUUUGCAAACGCAGUGGCACACCUGAUGCCAACGCCACUGUAGCACCAACAGUUGCUCCAAAGGGUGGCUGUCCACACAACUGGAUGAAAAUGGACUCAAAGUGUUACAACGUUGUUAAUAAACAGAGCGAGACGUGGGAAGGAGCGAAGACACAAUGCAAAGCAAUGCAAGGAAAUCUGGCUUCAAUUUCCUCAAGACGUGUGCAAUUGUUUUUGACUACUAAAUUGGCUGAGGCUCCUACCAUAAACCUCUGGAUUGGUUUGAAAAAGGCAAGGGGCAGUUCAUUUUUCUGGACUGAUGGGCGACCAAUGCGAUACAAUAACUGGGGGGAAGAGAGAUCAAGGAUGAGGCGUUCCUUUCAAAUGUAUGAGGAUUAUGACAUGUAUCGCCAUCAUCGUCCUUCAUACUCUUAUGAGAAAUCAUGUGCUAUGAUGACUACCGAUUCAGAAACUGGUAUUGGGAAAUGGAUAAAAAAGUCCUGCAAUGACACUUAUGGAUAUAUCUGUAUUCGAAAAAUUGAUGCUAAUCUCCCAGACUCCCCUGAACCAACUAUAGCUGCCGACUAUGUCAAAAUGGGAAAUGACUCUAUCAAAAUUGUUACUCAAAAAAAGAACUGGGAAGAUGCCAACAAGUUCUGUGAAAGUGAGGGAGCCUCACUGGCUAGUAUGCGAAACGAGUGGUCACGGGUCUAUAUUGAGAUGAUGGCUUUGAAUCUCAAGGUCCCAAUGUGGAUUGGACUGAAUAAAAACAAGACUGGUGGAUAUUUCAGAUAUAUUGGUGGCUGGCGUAUGAACUAUGCCAACUGGGAUAGACGGGAACCAAGCUCAAACCAAAACCAAAACUGUGUGUAUGUAACUGAGGAUGGAAAAUGGAAGACUUCUGACUGCAAUGAGAACAUGGCAAGCAUUUGUAUGAAGACAACAGAUGUGGCACCAACAGAUUCAAGCGAUUUCCCAGGAUAUUGCCCUGAAGAUCAAGACAACCCCAAUUUCCGUUCCAGUUCCAGUUCCAGGCACAUGUCCAUGUCCAUGCACAGGCACCGCCCGUCUAAUGCCCCCAGUUGGCUACCAUAUAGGGCCCACUGUUACCUCUUUAGUACAGACAGGAUUGAGUGGCCAUCUGCAUCUGCUAACUGUAUGAUACAUGGUGGAAAUCUUGCCAGCAUUGAAGAUCCUGCUGAGCAAGAAUUCAUUUACAGCAGUAUUCAAACGUAUAGAGACAGCCAAAGCGCUUUCUGGAUCGGCUUGUAUAAAACUCACAGAGGUACGUGGCAGUGGCUGGAUAAAAGUGUCAUGGACUUCAGUAACUGGCGUCAGGGCCAACCUGAUGAGAACAAUUAUGGAUCGAUUAAAACUACAGAUGGGAAAUGGGCGACAGGGAGCCGGUGGUAUGACAGAGGAUAUAUUUGCAAAGUGGCCAAAGUAUUACGAGAAAACCCAAAGCCAACUGAAAGUCCUAUAGAGGAGCAAAAAACCCGUGGCCGCGUCACACUGGCAGUUGUGCUGGUCAUUACUGUAAUGGCCAUAGGGAUAGCCACUGCCUGGUUUUUCUUCAAGAAGUCUGGCGGCCGCUUACCUAUCCCUGAAAAGUUAUCUACCUUUGACAACCCACUCUUCUUCAACAACGAGCGGUCCCCGCCUGAUCUGGUCGACACCAAUAAACUGGUGGAAAAUGCAGAGGAAGAGAACCCUGCACCUGUUAUAACUGUGUGAUGUAAAUACCAGCAAAAUCUACUGGAACAUACAGUGUAUCUUGGGCAGAAGGUUGAUGACGUCUUCAUUUGCAUGGAGAAGAUUUUCUUUUUCUGUUUUGAAGUGAGAAGUUUCAAUGCAGUUGGCAAUAUCUUGCUUUUAUUAAAAGGAUGUCUUAUUUGACAUCCAGAUUUCUUAAACAUUUGGUAUUUUUCUAAGUAUUUUUGAAAAUAUGUUGAAUUGUAUAUUGUAUGACAACUGAGAAUUUACUGAUUGAUUGAAUGUACAGGGAGGGCAUUUUAAUCGAUGGAUGAAGAAUUUAUUGAUUGAUUGCAUUGAUUGAUUCAUACCGCAUUUUACUUUAAACUGCAUUGCUUUCUAUAAUCUGUUGUGUCUACAAUAUGUCUACUAUACUUAUAAAGGCAAAAAUAUGUUCCAGGCAAAAGUAUGAGUUAAAAUAGACAGUAUCACCACUGUUUUUCAUCAUCCUUGAAGCUACUGUAGAUGAUACUUAUAGAUGAGAAUUAAAACAAUUGUAUUAAAAGACUGUAAAUAAACCAUGGGCAUAUACACCAAAUACACCUA